AGCGAUCCACGGUCCCGGCGAGGACCGUCCGCGACGGCGACGUCCGCGUCGAGGCGUCAGCGCGCGGCCAAGCCGGCUCGGCGCCAAAAUCAGCUCACCAGUAGCGCUUUCCGGUCGGCGUUUUAUAAAUACUGCAGACACUCGAAGAGUGCAGCGAACACGGGAGUCGCGGUGAAAUCACAAAUCCCGGCGGACACAGCUACGGCUCGCUGAACGAUCCCUCGAUCCGAUCGAGGAAGCAUCUCGCUCCUAUCCGCUCGCGAUUCACUCGCGGCGGCCGUUCCCGAACCGCUUUGACAUUUCCGAUGGAUUAAUUGCGGCACGAGCGAAUUCUUGGAACGGAGUGCCAGAGAAGUGCGCGAGUGGAGUGCUCGGGAAAAAAUCGGAGGAGCGAAUCGCGGUACGAUUAAGUCCGUGGAAAGUGAUCAAUGCGUGCCGUGAUAGUGCGCCAGCUUGUGUGAUUCCGUGCUGAAACUGUUCCAUAAGUGAAAACAAGCGUGGCACUGUGCUCCUUGGGCAGAGUUCGACAGAGCGUCCACCGCGAAAUGACAGAAUGUGAGCCUCGCGGUCUCAGCGUCAACCACAACGGAUUGUUAAACGCCAUCCCGACUUUUGGCUUCCAUUCGAGCCCGUGGCGCAGGAUCGACGACCGGCCGUCAGAAUGAGCUUAAUGAAGAAAGCCAUCGGCGGCUCCAUUCACAGGAUACGAGAGUUCGAGCUGGAGAAGGUGAAUCUGAUCGACGAGUUCGAUAUCCUGCAAAUCGUCGGCGAAGGAUGGUUCGGCAAGAUCCUGCUGACCGAGCACCGCAGCACCCAGACCGAGAUGGUGCUGAAGGCCCUGCCGAAGGCGUACACCGGUAUCUCGGACUUCUUUCGCGAGUUCCAUUACGGGCUGCACCUGGCGGCUCACAGAAACAUCAUCACCACCUACGACGUCGCCUUCGAGACCGCCGGAUUUUACGUGUUCAGCCAGGAGUACGCUCCGCUCGGAGAUCUAACGUCCAACGUGACAGAAACGGGCUUAGGGGAGCUGCACGCGAAGAGGGUGGCUAGACAGUUGGCCGCGGCGGUGCAUCACAUUCACAGCCGCGAAUUGGUGCACCGUGACAUCAAGCUGGACAACGUGCUCGUGUUCCGCAGCGACUUUUCGCGGAUCAAGCUCUGCGACUUCGGCGAGACCAGGCGUAUGAACACCGUGGUGCGACGACACAACGAGUGGCUGCCAUACUCGCCGCCCGAGGUAUUGCAGAUCGACACUGACGAGACGUACAAAGCCCUCACGUCGCACGAUGUCUGGCAAUUCGGCAUUGUCCUAUUUGUCUGUCUGACCGGAUGCCUGCCGUGGCAGAAGGCGGCGUUGGACGACCCGCGGUACACCAGAUAUCAAAACUGGCACAACGCGACGCUCAACAUAGCCAAGAAACCGAAAUUAUUUCAGCUGAUCAGCUCGCGGGCGCAGAGACUAUUCAAACGCCUGUUGGACCCGAAGGCUGAGAAGAGGCCCGCGAGCGUCUUGGAGGUGAACAAAUACGUGGAGGACCGUUGGCUGGCGAAGCUGGGUGUGGAGAAGGCGAUGAACGGUGGCGCGGACGAGAGGGACGAGCUGUGCCCCUCGAUGUACAGCUUCCACAGCUCGCUGGAGGAGAAGAACCAGCUUCUGCACACCCUGACCACGUACGGCGUGGAGACGACGGUGGACCGUUCGAAGAAGAAGGACCGGAUCAGGGAGUGGAUCCAGGCUAGCGCGAUCAUCGAGGAGUGCGAGGAGGAUGACUCGGACGCGAACGAGGACAUCCGGUUGUACGAGGAGGAGGAAGAGCCGAGCUCGAUGAAAGGCAGACACUUCCCGGAGACGCGGGUCAAGACCAGCGACGCCGGCAGACAGAAGCACCGAGCAAACACGUCCUCGCCGAGGAAGCGGCAGCUCAUUAAGCCUACCGAGAGGAAGAUUCCAUUCGCGCCGCAAGUGGCCGAGGAACGCGAGACGAUCGCGCGGUUCGCCAGCUUCCCGAACGGCGACCCUAGCCUGGCGAUCCUGAAGAACGGGACUAACGGUACCGCUCUGCCUCAGAAAUUGAGCAGCGCGACCGAAGAGACCGAUUCGAUCAACGGCGCAAACGGUCAGCUCAAUAAAUCCCGGCCGAACAACGUCAACGCUUCCCAGGACGGUUUCAUGCCAGCGACCAGCACCGGCGUCUUCAACUCGAUCAGCCCGGAGGACGCGUCGACGAUGGAUCGAAACGGCUCGCUGGUCGAUCGCGGCCUGCCCGGCAGUCCGCAGAUCCCGAGCAGGAAGCAUCGCUCGCACACAGCCCCGUUUCCGGCCCCGACUUCGCCGGUCCUGAACGGAAGCAACGUCGUCGACUCGACGACGAAGAGGAGCCAGUCGAUCACGGCGCUGGCCACCUCGAUGGCCGGCCCGCAGACAGAGAGAUCGGUGGCCCGCGAAACGGAGAGGUCACCGGCGCCGCUGGCAAUGGCACCGACUCAGGCGGACGUCGGCCAAUCGUCGACUUCGCUGGCGAUGGCUCGGGGCGAGAGGUCGAAUCGAUCCGCGGCCCAAUCAAUGUCUCGAGUAGAAAAUCAAUCCGCGGUAAUGCCGGCGGCGGCGGCGGCGGUGGCGGCGGCGACUCGAGUGGAGAAUCAAUUGAGUAACGCUCCGCCGGUAGCCCGAAACGAGAAAUCCGCGGCCGGGCCGGUUCUCCCCGCAAAUCCGCUGACGAUGUCGGUCGCCUCUCAUCUCGUCAUGCAGAGCUUCAACGCGUUGCAAGGGAUGAACUCCGCGCCGGCCGACUCCGCUAAUCCGAAGACCGGUUCGGCCGCGAAUCCGGCCGCGACGCCCAAGAACAGCCCGACCUCCACGCCCGCGAGGAUCUUGACCCCGAAGAACAGUCCCACUAACACCCCCGCGAGAACCUCCACGCCGCCGAGGCCCAGGAACAACGGGCAUCGGGCCGAGGAACCGGUCGCCUACCGCAAGGACCCCUACGAGCACUACGGCAUCGCUCAGGGUGUCAUCCUGAGGACCGAGAACGCGCGCAGGGGAUCCCUCGAGAGCGCCAGCAGAUCCGUCAGCAAUUGAUCACCGCUCGAUCUCGCUUUGAUGAUGGAUCACGGCUCGGACCUUCGAGGAAUUUGCUUGGGUUUUGGGGAUGAUUGCGACGAUGCUUCGCCGAUUGCGAUCCUCGAAUUCGGGAUUACGAUGGAGAUGUCAUUCAUGUUCUUGGGGCGAUAUUACGGAUUCUGGCGUGAUUAGGGCGCUGCUGUUUCAUUGGCCGAAAUCGAACGAAGUUUGGGAACGGAAUCUGCGAUAGCUGUUCAAGAUCUUCAGGGCUAGCAUGUCCUGAACUCCGGGAACAUCGGGCAGAGUUAAAGCACUUGAAACCGGGAUUACAGCUUGAUCGAGGUGACUUGUUUGAUUGCUUGAGACGAAUAAAGAACGAAAUACGAUGAAUAGGGAUUCGGGAUCUUGAGAACAAGUGUAUGUCUUGAACUCCAAGAACAAUGAAUGGAGUUGAAGCAUCUGAAAUUAAGAUUACACAACGAGCAAGCUGACUUGAUUCGGUGCUCGAUCGAAAUAAACGACGAAGUACGAUGAAUAGGGAUUAGAGAUCUUGAUUGCGAGUAUGUUUUAAACUCCAAGAAAAACGUGUAGUGUUCUAACACUCGAUAUCAAGAUUACGGUCUGGUCAAGGUGGCUAUAUUGGGUGCUUGAUUGGAACGAAGAACGAAGCUCGAUAAAUAGGGUUUUGGAUACCUUAAGAGCAGGUCUUAGAGUAAAGAUGUAAAUAGUACUUUCCGCCAUGGUGGCAGAUUUCAUAACUGGUAUACGAUGUUUUACGAUGAUUAAUAGUACAAACGGUACCUUGUAGCAAUACACCACGAUUCCUGAAUGAAAGUAAGGGGGACUUUGAACGCGUACGAGGAUUUUCAUUGACAGUCAAUUACCGAUGGAAAAUAAACGGAAUAGAAUUUAUUUGACGCUGUAGAAAAGAAUCUUAUCUUCGAGAAUCGAUCACGCGGAAUCGGCUUGAACUGUGAGGACGAUUCUUCAUUCGAUGUUCAGAAAUUAGGAUCGCGACGGAGACGCCACGUUUAUAUGAGACACACCGGAUUCUGGACAUAAUCUCCAAUGGAGAAUAAAGACGUAAAUAGGAUCCCGCGAUGGGAAGCAAAUUUGACGACAGGUGUACCAAGUCCUACGGAAAUGAGUAGUGCGAACGGUGCCUCGUAGCAAUACUAUCGCGAUUACUGAAUGAAAGGAACGCUGAGUGCGUACGAGAGUCUUCGUUGAGAGCCAGUUCACGAGAUAUUUGCCAAUGGGAAAGAACCCGGAUUCGUCGUCGCCGUAGAAGAUCCCUGAAAGAACCGUCUUCGAAAAUAGAACGGUUCACAAUUAUUUAGAUGAAUCGGACGACGCCGAAAGUACUUCCGUCUAAUGAAUCAUUACGAGAAAUACACGGCUCUCGAAACAAAUGUCGCAGACAUCGAGGAGGAGACCGUCUGCCUACGUCAAUCGUAAGAAUGCGGAGCAGCGGAGAUUAUUACACAAUCGGACGGACGGUCUAUAUAAAAAUCGAACGGAUCUCUAGCGCACGUGGGAACCCGCCCCGACCACUCUCUCUCCGACUUUGUAUUAAAUGUUAUGACACAGCCGCACCGCUUAGGAACUUCCGUUUGUUGGACGCGAGCCACGGGCAUAGACGCUGUAACGAUUCUUUUAUUCCCCGAUCAGGAUCCUCGCGUAACGCAGCCGGUGCACAGAUCCGCCGAAACACGAAUUGUUUGUUUGUUUAUCGCCGAUGGAUCGACGAAAAUGAAAAUGAGGUGCGAUUUGCAUAUCGUCGAUCGCCAACUGGACGAAAUGUCGUCGAAUGCCGGGGAAAUGGCGGAUCGUUGACGUUACCUUGGUCCUCGAUUGAUAGGGAUCGGGUAGCCGGCGAUUCCCCGUCGAUUUAAUUAACUGAUUGCGAUAUUCGAUUUCUGUCGUCCCUGGGACGGUAUUAGCGUAAUUGAAAUGUAAAUAUUACAUUACACACCGUAAGAGGUUCCUGUUCCUCGUGAGCUUUCCAAGGUGUGGCCGGCGGAAUGUGACUGUGAAUUACUGGAUUGUGAUACUAGGGACCGUAGAAUGAUUCCCGAGCGUUCCUAUUUCACGAUCCUCCCGCGUUUCAUUCGUCACGGUGAAUGACUCUUCGUUGAACGAACGUUUAACAUUUAUCUAUACGCAGCACGCCGAAGAAUUCGAAUCUGUAUUCCGUGAAUAAAUGACGAAACGUGUCCACGAGUCGGCGACGAUCUCAAGCUGUCGCGGGCUCGGAGAACGUGGGCUUCGAACCAGAAGAUCCACUGGAUUUUGAAGGAGAUCCGACAGCACUGCUUGCGUGUACGUAUACUAAUUGUUUAUUGGUGAAUUAGAAAGGCCGAGGUUCUCGUCGGACAUUGACGUAACCAUUGAAGUUUUCCUUUUGCUUUGAAAUCUUUAAAUACAUCCCGCUUCACGUUACUCAUCCGCGCAACGAAGGAGGAAGCAUGACUUGAGAUGAAGUGGGUUAUCCAGAGCGAAUCAGAGAGAAUCGUAAUGUAGAAAGUAUGUUCCGACUAAUAGUUUUCUGAAAUGUGCAAGUCACCUCGCCACGAGGAUAUCAGUGGUGGCCUUAUUACGGCUGAGUUUUUCGCCAGGCUACAUUUUCUAUGGUCGAUCGGUUCCGUUAGAACCGCGAGCUUUUAACUCCGGAUUCAUUCGGAGAUCUCUGCGCUAGGAUGAAUGCGACCUUGUUGAAAUCAUUGAUAAAAAUCCUGUUGACACGCUGUAAGCAACGUUUACUAACUUCAGAAAUAAAUAAAAUGAAAAACGAA